AUGGAAGGGGAAAAGGAGUUUGUUUUUGAUCCAAAAAGAUUAAGAAAGGAUAUUUUACUUUAUGUUGUAGAAGGAGCUCAUCCUUUCUCAACCAUAGAGGAAAAAGGUUAUAUAAGAAUGAUGUCUAGUGCUACUCCUCUUUUUAAGUCGUUUAGUAGAACAACUCUUACAAGAGAUCUUUUUUCCUUGUAUUAUUCUGAGAGAGAAAAACUAAAAAACAAUGAUUGGAAAUUACACAAACGAAUUCUUAGGUUUAGGGCUUUGGUACCCCCUUAUGAUGGAGUAAGCAUUUCAGAAGAAAUAUUUUUGUUUCUAAGUCAAUGGAAGCUAGAAAACAAAGUGCUUAGUGUUACCGUUGAUAAUGCUACAUAUAAUGAUGCUAUGAUUGCACACUUGAAGAACCGUCUUGUGUCAAAGGGGUUGUUAGUGAGUAAUGGAUGUAUGUUUCAUAUUCGAUGUUGUGCUCACAUCAUUAAUUUGAUUGUUCAAUCCGGAUUGGAGCUUAUUGAAGGCAUUUUGGAUGAUAUUAGGAAGUUGGUGAGAUUAGUUACAAGAUCUUCUUAUAGAAGUAAGGAUUUUUAUGACACUGCCGAAAAAAAGUUCAAUUUGGUGAAAAGAAAACUCCAUUUAGAUAUGAAAAUUCGUUGGAAUUCAACUUUUUCUAUUCUUGAUAAUGUGUUGUAUUAUAGGGAAGUGUUUGUUUAUUUGGGGUCCGUGAACAAUUAUUUCAAAUCUUUUGUGCCUACGGAUUUUGAAUGGAGUAAAUUGGUUGUUGUUCAUAAAUUUUUAAACAUCUUUUAUGACGUAACAUGUAUGUUUUCGGCUUCUAAGACUCCUACUUCUAAUUUAUACUUUAAGGGUGCUUGGAUGGUUCAUCGUCACUUGUUGGAUACUUCUAAAUCUACCGAUGUGUUGUUGUCUGAGAUGGUAGAGCCAAUGUUAAGCAAAUUUGAUAAAUAUUGGUCCGAGUAUAAUGUCUAUUUAUCUUGUGCGACUAUUCUUGAUCCAAGAUUUAAAGUUAAGAUGGUUGAAUAUUGCUUGGACAAAUUAUUUGGGACGGAUUUGGCUAUGGAAAAGGUGGAAGUGGUGUUGAGCACAUUAAGGUCUUUGUAUAAUGAUUAUAAGUUGCAAUCAUCAACCUCACCUAUUAUUGUUCCCUCUCCUCUUAAUAGUGAAUUUGGACAUCAUAACUUAUUUGAUGAUUAUCAUAGUUAUAAUCCAAAAAGUACUAUGAGCCAAAUUGGAAAGUCACAACUUGAAGUUUAUUUAGAAGAGGAGCCUCUUGAUAUGAAUUUGGAAUUGGAUGUGUUAGAGUAUUGGCAUCAAAAUGCAUUAAGGUUUCCGGAGCUCUCAAAAGUGGCUAGGGAUUUACUAACUAUUCCGGUCAGUACGGUAGCUUCGGAGUCGGCUUUUAGCAUUGGAGGGAAAACUAUUUCCCCAAAUCGUAGUUCAUUAAAUCCAAAAACCGUGCAAGCAUUAGUGUGUGUUCAAGAUUGGGGAAGUGAUGAAAAUGGCAUUGCAUUGGACUUGGAUAAUGAAAAUGAUGAGGACGGUGAAGCAAUAAUUGAAAAUGAUGAAGACAAUGAGAGUGAUACUUUCUUUUCCUUAUAG